CCCCAAGGCGGGCUGGUGCUCCACCUGGUACCUCACAGCCGCACGGCAGCCCUCAGGGUGCGGCCAGCGCCGGUGACAGCGGCGCUGCGGGGUUGCCGACCCCAGCUCCGGUCCUCUGCCGACCUGUGUCGUGGGGCCACAUCUCCCGGCGGGAUGGGAGGCGAGGCGGGGUCGGCGGCGGCCGUGGGCUCGGAGGGCCGCGUGAAGAGCCUGGGUCUGGUGUUCGAGGAUGAGCGCAAGGGCUGUUACUCGAGUGGCGAGACAGUGGCCGGGCACGUGCUGCUGGAGGCGGCCGAGCCGGUGGCCCUGCGUACGCUACGCUUGGAAGCCCAGGGCCGCGCCACCGCCGCCUGGGGUCCCAGCACCCGCGCCAGCGCCACGACCCCGGCCGCAGCCUCGGAGGUGGAGUACCUGAACGUGCGCCUGAGUCUGCAGGAAGCCCCGGCCGGUGAAGGCAUCAUUUUAUUACAGCCUGGAAAACAUGAAUUUCCAUUUCGCUUUCAACUUCCAUCUGAACCUUUGGUCUCCUCAUUUACUGGCAAAUAUGGAAGUAUCCAGUAUUGUGUGAGGGCAGUUCUGGAGCGGCCCAAGGUCCCUGACCAGAGUGUGAAGCGGGAGCUGCAGGUUGUAAGUCACAUUGAUGUCAACACACCAGCAUUAUUAACCCCUGUAUUGAAAACUCAAGAGAAAAUGGUUGGCUGUUGGUUUUUUACUUCUGGUCCAGUCUCGCUCAGUGCCAAAAUUGAAAGAAAGGGAUACUGUAAUGGAGAAGCUAUUCCAAUCUAUGCAGAAAUAGAGAAUUGUUCCUCUCGUCUGAUUGUUCCCAAAGCUGCUAUUUUCCAAACCCAGACGUAUUUGGCUAGUGGAAAAACAAAGACCGUCCGUCACAUGGUUGCCAAUGUGCGAGGAAAUCACAUUGCUUCUGGGAGCACCGAAACAUGGAAUGGGAAAACUCUCAAAAUUCCCCCUGUUACUCCCUCCAUCCUAGAUUGCUGCAUUAUCAGAGUGGACUAUUCCUUAGCUGUAUACAUUCACAUUCCUGGUGCUAAAAAAUUGAUGAUCGAACUGCCGUUAGUGAUCGGUACAAUUCCAUAUAACGGUUUUGGCAGCAGAAACUCCAGUGUUGCCAGCCAGUUCAGUAUGGAUAUGAGCUGGCUGACACUUACCUUGCCAGAACAGCCUGAAGCACCACCAAAUUAUGCAGAUGUGGUAACAGAGGAAGAGUUCUCUCGACAUAUUCCUCCCUAUCCUCAGCCCCCUCACUGUGAGGAAGAGACAUGCUGUCCCAUGUUUGCCUGCAUACAGGAGUUCCGGUUCCAGCCUCCACCUCUGUAUUCAGAGGUUGAUCCACAUCCUAGUGAUAUAGAAGAGACCCAGCCUGUUUCCUUCAUUCUCUGAUCAUACUUCAGAAAUCACUGUGUUCAUCAUCAAAUCAGAAUGUUAGUUUUCUUCUGCCUUUUUGGGAAAGAGGGAGGGAAGAUUCACUUAACAACAUGAAUGAACAUCAAGACUGAAGGCAACAGAAAUUAAAGCAUACAAGAACUUUCUAGUGGGCCAACAGGAUCUUUGUGCAAGUUCAUGUGAUGGUUGUAUAUCCCUUUUAAAAAAUGGGAUGCAGAUGUAAAAAGUCACAGAAUGUAACGGAAGUCCUGAUGGUGAUAGAGUAAGUGAAAGGGGGCCUGUGCUGACCUGAGAGAAGGGAAACACGGGAGCUACCCAGUGUUUUGAAGGAUCCUAAACUUAAGGCAGUGUGGACUCAGUGGGAGCAGACUUGGUUUUGGAGAGUGUAGCAGCAAAGAGGUAUACGUGAGUAGGAAAGUGGCCUCCUCUGAACACAAAGGAAGACCCGCAGGUUUCAGGGUCUUCAUGAUUUCUUCCUGUAUUACCAUAUUCAGACCAGAAGCUCUGAAAGUAUCUUUUCUUGAAAUCAUGGUCAUAUAAGAUCCUAAUGAAGUCAUAUGGUUUUCACUCUUUUAAUGGUAGGUUAAAAUUUAGUUUAUAAAUUGGCUAUACAGUAUUAUGAAACUAGGAAAUGACUUCUUGAAAAACUUGUCAUUUCAAAGGGGAAAGAUGAAUUUUAGUAUGAAAACACAUUUUACUGAAGGCUGUACCUUUUACCCCUAAUAAGUACUUUAACGGAUAUAUGUUUUACUUUUCUCAUGUCUUACUUACCUCAGAGCACAUUAGAGAAAGAAGGGGUUGGUAAAAAUGUUGCAUCUUCAUGAUGCCUUUAUAACUACACAGUCCCCCCAAAAAAGCCUUUCUUAAAUCUACCUCUAGUCAGGUUAUCAGACAUGUUUUUAAUACCCUAGGUCAGAUUAGUCUUUGGAGUUUCUGCUAUGUACAGUAGCAGUCUAAUCUCUCCUGUCACUAAAUCUGAAUCUCAGCCAAGGGAAAUACCCAGAAGGUUGGCACUAAGUGGAAGAAAAUUCAUGUAUAACAAGGGAAUUUGAAAAUACAUGCAAAAUCAAAAGAGGGUAGGAGCGAUGCCAUUUUUAAAAAAAACAGAAAUUUGAUUCCUGUCAAGAGACUUAAGUCACUGAUGGCAUUCAUUAUAUUCUACAUUAUUGUUCCAGUGCUCCAGUAAUUCUGUUUAAACUGUGACUUUUUUAUUGUUUUGGUGCAAUAUUUUAUUACAUUUAAGCUCAGGAUAUUCAGACCAACAGAAUUGUGUUGCUGCUAAAAAUCUGAGCAGUGUUUUUAUUGUCCCGGUCACCCCUCAUAUUCAUGGUCUCAUUUUCACCUCCUUCUCCUUCCACCUGUUGGUUUGUGAGCUGAGAACAUUACUGGACACUAAGCAGAAGGGAGCCAGGGAAUCCCAUGAUUUAGGUUUUAGACCAGCCAAGUACUUAGGUUUU